AGCCACCCAGGUGCCCCUCAAUUAAUUUCCUCUAAAAAAACUUUUGGAGGCAGCCCCUGGAGUCUAGUUUUCUGAACGGUACCCAUCAGGUGGAGGUGUACUGAAUUGCUUUUUUGCAAAUGCUCUCCAGAACUAACGCUCAGUACUAACGCUAUUUUUGAGCUUUGCAUGGAUUUCGUGAUUUGAAUAUUGCUAUAACGCUGUGAGGUAGGUGCUAUUUCUUCCUUCUGUUUUACAGAUGAGGAAGCUGAAGUCCAAAGGGGUUAAGUAACCCGAUCAAGCAAAAAUGUGUAGGAAGGCAGAGAUUAGGAUUAGAAGUCAGGCAUCUGACUACAGAGCCCUACUGCAUUCUGUUUGCUUCUUAUGUAUGUCCCAUUGAAUUGUAACUGAUCUUUUCUGCCUCCUCACUGGUCUGUAUACUCCCUGAAGGGAGGGCCCUGGUAUUAUCCAUAUCUAUACCCACAGAUGUGCCUCCUUCUCCCACACCCCAUCCUGUUAGUCUCCCCAUUGGCUGACUUGGUUCCGUGAAGGAAGGCUGUGUUGGCAACGUUAGCUGACCUCACACUGGUGGCUCCAAGUCAGAACCCCAACAUUCUGUAGAGAGCAGAGUUUCUUAGUUUCUCAGAGAAAUAUAGGGCAGAAACUGCACUAUAGCUAAAUAUUUCCUUUUCUCCAUGUGAUAAAAGACUAACAGUUUUGGAGUGAUGGACAAGGUUCAGAGUUCUUUCACCUUUCUAGUUUUGUUUUUAAUGGAAUGCCCACCUUUAUGUUUGCCUUAUGAAGGUUACAAUCAGUCACAAACAUCCACAAAUAUCACUAAGCAGGAAAGUGUUUCCUCAAGACUCAGAGCUCUGAAACCUCCUAUGCCCACGCAAUUACCAGGCCAUAAUGGUAAUGGGAAGGGUGAUACACAUAACCCUAUAAAGACUAACGGGAGUCUAACAACCUAUGCAGUACCCCUGAACGCUGAUACCUGGAAUGCAGCACUGAUUCCACGUAGACCUGCUCUUGUUCAAGUAAUUGUGAUUGCGUGUAUAGCCUUCAGCAUUGCUCUGAUAUGUGGAACCAGUAUUUCCUAUGUGAUAUAUCGGCUGGUCCAGGCUGAGGAAAGACAGCAACUUGCCUGGCUUUAUAACAAUGUCAGGAUACCAUUACUGGGAGACAAGGACGAGGGUUCUGAGGAUGAGAGCCAGGAUGAGUCCACCUACCUACUUCCAGAGAACGAGAAGGAGCUGGAAAAGUUCAUUCACUCAGUUAUUAGAUCCAAAAGAAGAAAACAUAUGGAAAACAGACUGAAGAAAGAACAGUCGUUAUCAAGGGAAACAAGUCUAGAUAAUUCUAUGCACAGCGUGAGCCCGGAGAAUCUGUGAGAGCAAAUGAAAGAGACGCAGGAUGCGCUAGCCAGCGUGGAGCCCAUGGCUGCAGGGACAACCCACGAUGGGGACCUGAGUAUGACUUACUCCUGGAGAGUUCUGUUCGGAGCACUCUAGAGAAGCCAACUGGAAGUAUUUAAGAGAAAAUAAAUCCAUA